AUGAUUAUGCAUGAGCAGGUCUUCACUGUUCUCGCCUUGUCGAUUAUUACAGUGGUUACGUGCACUGUCGCGCACAAGCUUAUUCUACAUCCACUAGCUAAACAUCCAGGACCACUGUUUUCACGCAUCUCUGGAUGGCCAAAUUGGUACCAUGCUGCAAAAGGCGAUCGCCAUAUAUGGCUUUUACGACUUCAUUCGAAAUAUGGAUCAGCUGUGCGUUUCAGUCCAGAUUCAAUGUCUUUCAACACCCUGGCGGCCGUGGAAAACAUCUAUACAUCGAGAGAGGCCAACGUCCGUAAAGGCGACUGGUAUCAGUGCGUCAAAGACUCUGCAGGAGGUUUUGAGAGCACUUUUACUGCCCGCGACAAGGUCCGACAUGCGCUGAAACGACGGAUAUUGGCUCAUGCCUUUUCCGAGAGAGCACUUCGCGAUUACGAGUGCAGGAUCAAACGCUUGACCAAGGAGUGGCUGGACUAUCUCGUGACGGAAGGUAAGGGCAGCCGUACCGUUGAUUUUGCAGCUUGGGCCAACUAUAUUAUCUUUGACAUCCUUGGUGAUCUUUGCUAUGGGAAAGACUUUGGACUAAGAUAUUCGGAGAGGGACCGGUACGUGACUGAACUACUUCCGCGUACGACCCGGAUCUGGUACAUGCUCGGCUAUCACCCGUGGACCCACUUACUCCGGUACCUGCUCUUCAAAAAUAGCCUAACAAAUAAGUUAGGUCGGCUUUUUGUGCGGGAGAAUUCAAACUUCCGAGAGUUCUGCGUUGCAGCUUUGAUGUGGCGAAUGAAGAUGGGUAAAGCCUCGGACAAGGACGCGCCCGUCUCGCAAGACAUGUUUCAAUACCUUCUCAAGGCUCGAGAUCAAGAAACUGGAGAGGGUUUCUCAAUGGGAGAUCUUGGUGCAGAGAGCGUGUUACUCAUGAUAGCUGGAACCCACACUACUUCCAUCGCAAUUGCAGCAAUUAUCUUCUACCUGACGACGCAUGAAGAUAAAUUGGAGAAAGUCGCCGGGGAGAUACAGAAAGAAUUCCUCUCCAUCGAGGACAUGUCUUAUCGACGACUGGCAGCACUUCCAUACCUCCGGGCAUGCAUCAAUGAGGCAUUACGCUUAUGCCCACCUACUGCAGGCCACCUCCAACGGGAGGCGCUAAGUGGCGGUACCGUGAUUGAUGGAGUCCGGUAUCCAGAAGGCACCAAUCUGGGAGUCUCGGCUUAUGCUCUACAGCGUAAUCCCCACAUCUGGUUGAAUCCCAAUCAGUUUGAACCCGAAAGAUGGCUUCAGGAUGACGGCACCUUCAAUCAAAGAAGCCAGCCGAGGCUCAUCGCUUUUAGCUCUGGGCCUCUCGGGUGUCCCGGAAAACAGCUUGCAUACAUGGAAAUGUCGUUUGUUGUUGCUAUGCUGAUCUAUCAUCUUGAUAUCACCUUGAACAGAUCGGAGGGGUGCAAUGUGGACUACGUUAUUCGAGAUUGUUAUGUGGGCCAAAGUCGGGGUCCUCGGUUACACAUCCGUACUCGCGAGUAG